AUGGCGCCCGUCGGGCCCCGAGUCUCGAAAGAGGAAUUCAUGCACGCGCUGAAUCUGAAUGCGCACAAUCCACAAGAUGAGCAUUUCUACCGCGCCAUGCGAGAUGAAGCUAUUAUCGUCUACAAUCGCAUGAACCAAGAUACCUCCUACCUCGUUGACAGUGUUCGCGCUGACCCAAACACCCGUCCCCGUUCUUCUGGCACCAUAUCCCGGUACGCUAUUAUGGAGAUCUGGCGCAAUGCAAGCCCCAUGACGCGGCGAUGCUUUGACCAGGGCGGCACAAAUGGCGAGUACGGGCCGAACUGGGUUGCUGGUUGGUUGCUGUAUAGUGUGUUUCGGUCGAGAGAUGUGCGCAAUAAUCGUAAUCGGAGGAAGGGGGAGAGUGGAGCUGUCACUGAUGGGAAGAAACAGGUUGAGGACACGACUUUGCCGAAGAAAGGGUACUAUGACCCGGUGCGGAAUGGAACGUUGUGA